AUGACUAUUCGAUAUGGAUAUACUCCAUUGUUUGCAGCAUGUCAACGAAAAUAUUAUGAAAUAGUUGAUAUGCUUUUAGAGGAAGGAGCAAAUAUAAACAAAGCAUUGUAUGACGCAUGCAGAGAAAGUUACUUGGACACUGUUAAAUUUCUUCUACAAAACGGAGCUACAGUUAAUUCAAUUGGUCGGUUUGGUCAGACAGCUUUGUAUGGUGCGUGUAUUGGUGGAUGUAAUAGCAUAGUUAAAUUCCUGAUCGAUCAAGGGGCUAACAUCGAAACAAAAGUUAAACGAGCAAAUGUUCUGGACGAAACCACAUGCUUACAUGCUGCAUACCUUUGUGGUAAUCGUGAUAUAAUUCAACUUUUAAUAAAUAGCGGGGCUUCUGUUGAUACAGUUGGUAACUUUGGGCGAACUUUGCUGCAUAAAGCGUGUAGAGAAGGAAACUAUGAAAUUGUUAAAAUACUUAUUGAUAAAGGGGUUGAUAUAAAUGCAUCUGACAUGUACGGCGUUACACCUCUCAUAGCGUGUGUAUUACAAAAUAUUGAUGAUAGUCAUGUGGAAAGAGAAAGUAUUCCUCAAAUGAGAAAAUAUGAAGAUGAUUUCGAUCAACUACAUGAAGAUUAUGUUCAUCAAUUGAAGAAAUAUAAACCAUCUGAUUUUAUAGCGAAAUACAAUGUUCUUACAGAAAAUCACUAUAAAGUGAUUCAACUACUUAAAGAAAAUGGGGCCAGCUUUAAUAAGGUGGAUCAGGAAAACAGGGCAUCAUUUUCUUUAUCAUGGAAGAUCGACGAUUUGAAAUAUAUUGGAUUUUUGUUAUCUCAUGAGUUUUUACCGAUAAAUCAUCACAACUUUCAAGAUUUAGGAGACGACGUCAAAAGGAGAAUUAUUAAUACAAAGGACGACAAUGGGAUUACUUCCUUCCUCGUUUCAUGCUUACGAGGAUAUGAGGAACUUGUUGAUCUUUUUAUUUCUGCUGGAGCUGAUGUUGAUGCUCGGAAUGGAUGGUUCACACCUUUAACCGCUGCAUGUCGAGAUGGUCAUUUAGGGACGGUCGAAAUUCUUCUUGACAAUGGAUCCACCGUUAACCAAACUAAUAUUGACGGGGAAACACCUCUUUAUACUGCUUGUAUUUGCGGUCACUACGGUUGGGAUUCUUUUGAAAUAUGA